AUGCAUCGACGCAAGGCGAUAGCGCCUGCUAGUAUAGCAGACAGCAGCGGCGUGAUUCUUCUACUGCUGCUGGGCUCUGCGUUGCUCUGCUUUCCAAGCGCCACAGACGGCGCGAGACACAAGACGCUUCGGUCGCAGGGAGUGGUAUCGAGCAGCCGGACCAUAGCGCACACGAUAUGGACGUCAGGAAGCACGAUUCUUCGUGGCAAUGUCAACGCCGGUAAAAGGAGCAACACUGGCAGCACUACAGUUCCUGCCACUACCGCCGGUGCUACAACCGCCGCUGCUGGCUCCGCGGCUGCUACAGCCGCGGCGGCGGGCGCGGGGUGCGCGGCGUCGGCGCUGGAGGGGUUCGCGUGGUCGGCGGCUCUGGGGUCCACUGGAAUGACGCUGCAUUGGCGCGCAGUGGACUCGUCGCGCCUCGCCUUGGCGCUAGAAGCGGCGGGCGGCAGCGCGGCGGCGGCGGGGUGGUUCGCCGUGGGGUGGUCGGCGACGGGCCGCAUGGCGGCGUCCGACGCCGUGGUGGGCAAUCUGGCGGGCGGCGCCGCCGUCCAGGCGGUGUACAUGAGCGGCACGGCGCAAAGUGACGUUCAGCCCACAAGCAGCUUCGAUAUCGGCAACGCGCAGCUCGCCACGUCACCCUCGGGAUCCACCAUUUUCAAGUUCAACCGCUCUGCAGGUGACGGCUCAGUGCCGGUGAGCGUGCAGGGCAGCAACACACUCGUGUGGGCGCACUCCCCCGAUGGCUCGCAGUCGCUCGGCUUCCACGCCGGAUAUGAUGGAGCGCUGCAAGUGGACUUCGCGUGCUCCUCUGCCUCGUCCGGAGGGGGAGGGGGUGGCGGCACUGGUGGGGGCGCGGGGGGAGGCACUGGCGGAGGUGGGGGCGACUACGGGGGUGACUACAACGGGGGGAACAAUGGGGGUGGUGAUUACGGUGGUGGUAAUGGCGGCGCGGUGGUGGGGGGAGUGGUGGUGGCGGAGGUAGAGGUGGUGGGGGUGCUGGAGGCGGAGGAAGGGGAGGCGGUGGGGGGGACUGCAGAAGAGGGCCUGGGGGCGGACGUGGGGGACCUGGUGGGGGACAGGGAGGGCCUGGGGGCGGGCAAGGCGGAUUCGGUGGGGGACAGGGGGGAUUUGGAGGAGGACAGGGCGGACCUGGGGGCGGGCAGGGCGGAACUGGUGCUGGGGGCGGGCAAGGGGGAGCUGUGGGCGGCAAUGGUGGUGACUACAGCAACGGAGGGGGCUACAGCGGCGGCAAUGGCGGUAAUGGUGGGAGGAACACAGUCGGACAAGGUGGGUACUACAGCGGUGCAGGAGGGGGGGGGAGGGGCUGGUGGUGCUGCUGCUGCUGGUGGGGGCUGUGGGGGAGGGCAAGGGCAAGGCGGGGGGCCUGGGAAUGGGCAGGGCGGACCUGGGAGCGGGCAAGGGGGAGCUGGAGGAGGGCAGGGGGGACCUGGGGGGGAUUAUGGUGGGGGAAGCAAUGGCGGAGACUAUGGUGGUGGGAAUGGUGGUGGUGACUAUAGUGGGGGGAAUGGAGGGGAUUACAACAAUGGUGGUGACUACAGCGGGGAGACCACUGGAGGGGGCAAUGGUGGUGGCAAUGGUGGUGACUAUAACGGAGGGAGCUACACUGGGGACUACAGUGGGGAUUACAGCGGAGGGACGGGUGGCAGUCAGGGCGGCAGUCAGGGAGGCCCAUCUGGGGGCGGUAUGAGUGGAGGCGGAGGCAUGGGCGGUGGAGGCAUGGGCGGCGGAGGCAUGGGCGGCGGAGGCAUGGGCGGCGGAGGCAUGGGCGGCGGAGGCAUGGGCGGCGGAGGCAUGGGCGGCGGAGGCAUGGGCGGCGGAGGCAUGGGCGGCGGAGGCAUGGGCGGCGGAGGCAUGGGCGGCGGAGGCAUGGGCGGCGGAGGCAUGGGCGGCGGAGGCAUGGGCGGCGGAGGCAUGGGCGGCGGAGGCAUGGGCGGCGGAGGCAUGGGCGGCGGAGGCAUGGGCGGCGGAGGCAUGGGCGGCGAAGGCAUGGGCGGCGGUGCUGCUGGCGGGGGAAUGGGAGGGCCUGGGGGAGUGACUGGCGGAGGAGGCAUGGGCGGUGGUGCUGCUGGUGGUGGCAUGGAAGGGUCUGGGGGGAUGGGCGGAGGCGGAGGGAUGGGCGGUGGUGGGGGGAUGGGAGGAGGCGGGGGCAUGGGAGGAGGCGGGGGCAUGGGAGGGGGCGGAGGAAUGGGAGGGCCUGGGGGUGGCAUGGGCGGAGGAGGGAUGAGGGGAGGGGGAGGGAUGGGCGGAGGUGGAGGCAUGGGGGGAGGAGGCAUGGGGGGAGGAGGCAUGGGGGGAGGAGGCAUGGGGGGAGGAGGCAUGGGGGGAGGAGGCAUGGGAGGGGGCAGGCCUUAG